AUGGUUCGCCUCGUCAGAAUAUCCAACUAUACAGGAGGUCACAUUAUUGAAGCUUUCACUUGUAGGACUUGUGCUGUGACUUUCUCAAGAGGAAAUUGGAUCCUGUCAAAUUGUUUGGCAAUUCGAACGAUUGCCGAUACCUACUCUUGCCAGAAUCUGCUUAAAUGGGCUGAUAUGUAUAUCGUCCGAAAUUUCCAGGAAGUCAGUGGAAAAGAGGAGUUCAAUCAGCUUUCCGUGGAGCGAUUAGUUGAUUUAAUUUCACAUGAAGACUUGAAUGUGCGGUCGGAAGAACAGGUCUGCAAAUACACCUUCCAAAAAAUAUGA